CCAGAGAUGACUGGCCUGGAUAGUUCACAGGUCGGUGACCAACCUGGGUGAGUCUAUGUAACCCACAUCAAAGAUGGAGGAGGCCGUGGAGUCACGGUUGCAGCUUUUGCAGAGUGAUCCGACUGUAACCUAUUGCUUGGAAAGUAAUAAAUCAAUGGACUCUUUAUCUCCUCCCAGCUCCUGAGUAUUAUUGGCCUCAGACCUAGGAGUUUUUAAUAGCCUUUGAGGGCUUGCAACAAGAUGAAAGAGCCCUUGAAAGAUUGGAAGCCUGUUUUAAAUUUCUACCUCUUCUAUUCCACAGCUCUCAAAUAUUCCAUAGUACUAUGCCAUAAUCAUAUAUUUCACUCCUGGUAUCAUGUGUUGUCUUCAGCAUCAAGUUCCAGCUUCAGUGUAGUAGUUUAAAACAGAUACUUUGUCAACAAGCAAACACCCAUAUAUGUCCAACAUCCAUCAACUGGACUUAACAUUUUCUAACUGAAUAAGCUAACUGACAGGAUUGCUCUUAAUUAAGUUUCUAUUCAUUCUAUUCUAAUCAUCUUAAAGAUGCAGUGAUUUAUAUCAGCAUGGGGUGGGAUGCCCAAAGGGAGUUGCAGAUUAUGAGAGGAGGAGGAGGAGGCAUGGAAAUUGAGGGUGGUCUGUGCGCAAGGGAGACUUGGAAAAAGGAGGAAGAGCUAGGGAAAGGAGGUGAAGGCAAUUGCGUGUGUGUGAGCCUGUGUGCAUGCGCACAAGUGGGACUGCACAACUCUGGAAGGUGUGGAAAUGAGAGAUCUCUAUGUGCAAGGGAGAGUUGAGGCAAGUAAGGAGGGCUGAGAGAAAAAAAUAACGAAUGAGGGUGCAAAGCAGGUUGCAAAAAAAGGAGGGAGCAGGAUGCAUGUGAUUGGGUUGAAGAUGAAAGCAGGGGCAUGAAGGGGUCUGCAGAAUAGGAAAGUAGCUUCAUAAAUAAGUGGAAGAGAAAAGGGUGUUUAGUAGUUGCAAUGGGUGGGAGGAGGAAGAUGCAGGGUGGUUUUUGUGCGGGGGGGUGCACAAAAGGAAGAAGGGAAGAGGCAUGGACAUGGAGGUGAAGGGGGAAAUGGGUACAAAGUGGGACUGCAGAAUUGAAAAGUGGCUUCGGAAAUGGGGUUGGGCAAGUGCAAAGCAAGGCAAGCUCUAGGGGUUUGGUGUGGGAGGAAUGAUGGGAGUUAGUGAGCAGAGUGAGCUGGUGCACAGCCCCUAGUAAGUUAUAUAUUAUCUCUCAGGCUUAGUGCUUGUCACCAAUCAUUAUUAUUUGGUUUGAUAUGCUCUGGAAUGGGAUGUAGGUUGAGGCUGGGGCAGUGACCAGCUGCCUGGCAAGUUAUGAAAAGAUGGAUCUCUAAGGGCACAGUGGCCUUUCUUCUCUGGCCUGAUACACUUUGUCUCAUCAAAGCUCAGCCACCACCGGGCCUUUGAAGAGCGAGAAGAGACAAGCACUUCUUUCCAGGAACAUCUGGGACACAUAGACAUAUGCGUAGCAGCAGCUGGGCAAGCGUAGGUAAAAAUAACCUUGUUAAGUGGCUGCUAAUCCUGCCCCAUGGAACUGCCUGGACUCCAGAGCCCUGACCUUUUGGGGCAGAGAAGAGAUGAGAGGGGGUGGGUUGGCCGCCUUCCCUAUUUAUGCGACUAGACUGAACCAGAUGGGAAGUCGCUGCUAUAAAAGGCUCCAUGAGGAUCUCCACGUGGCAGGUCCCAAACAGACAGACAGACAGCAAGUCAGUCAACAAAACACUCUGAAAGGAAGAAGCACAAGUGCCCCAGCGCCAUUGUGGCAGCCAUGAAGCUCGUCUCUGGUGAUAUCGCAAAACGACUUGAAGAGAUGGUGUUGUUGACUUCUCAGAACCUGCCCCAGGUGGAGGUGGCUUCGAGUUACACUGUCCUCCGAGAGCUUGGCAGUGGCUCCUAUGGGCAUGUGUUGAUGGCAGUCCACCAACGCCAAGGAACACCCAUGGCACUGAAAUUUGUACACAAGAAGGCUACAGAAUUGCUAGAUUUCGUGAAUGAAUACUGCAUUGCGCUGACUUUGGGGGCCCAUCCCUGCAUUGCCACUGCCCUUGGGAUUGCUUUCCAGACCCCCAAACACUACGUCUUUGCACAGGAGUUGGCUUUGGCCAGUGACCUCUUCUCGCUCAUGGUGCCACAGGUUGGUGUGCCUGAGCAACGGGUCAAGCGCUGUGCCCUGCAGCUUGCCAGUGCCCUCGAGUACAUGGAAACGAAGGGGCUGGUGCACCGUGACGUCAAACCAGAGAAUGUGCUGCUGUGUGACCCCGAGUGCCGCCGCAUCAAGCUGACCGACUUUGGGCUGAGCUGCCCCCGAGGCCGGGCCAUUGAGGCUUUGCCAGAGAGCCUGCCAUACACGGCCCCCGAGUUGAGCACGCUGGGCCCCAAAGCUCGUUUGGAGGCCCAGCCCAGCCUUGACACAUGGUCCCUGGGAGUGCUGCUCUUCUGCGUGCUAACUGGCUACUUCCCCUGGCUCACAGCUGUACCCGCCGACCGGUACUACCGCAGCUUUGUCUGCUGGCAUCGCAGCCCCCGCUUUUCCCCACGUCCACCCCAUUGGGGGCGUUUUACUCCCCAGGCAUUGGAGAUGCUGCAGGGACUGUUGAUGCCCAACGCAGCUCAGCGUAGCCCAGCCAAGGAGGUGAUGAAUUAUAUCAAAGUGCCUUGGUUGCUCCCAGAGGCCCAGAACUGUGUUCAGCCUAGCAGAGAUCUUCUUGGUACCAGCCGGCGCUGCUAAUAAUCUAGGCCAUAUGUGUGAAGCAGGGAGGGGUGGCACCAAUCCCAAACCUAGCCUUAGCCAUUGAGGGACCAAAGACACCAUGCACGUCACGAAACCAAAACACCUCAUUGUUCCUGAGGGCAAAGAGAAAGCACAGUCAAGCUAGGGAAACAG